AUUAAUGUCAACAAUAUUGAACACAUCUGACUCCAACAAAUUCCAGAUCCUUCUUCAACCUUCUUCUUUCUUCUUCAACCCCUCCUCUUAAUACCCCUCUCCACUCCUCUUCUUCCUCCACUAUCCCAUUCUCUAAUCCCUUCAAUUCCCCUCCGAUUUCCCAUCAAUGCCUUCCGAGCCAGACCCCUCUGAGCUUUCUUCAGCCCUCGAAACACUAAUUCUCAACACAGACGUGUCUCUACUGGCACCCCAUUUUCUAGGUUUCGCCACUAUGAUCCAUACAAUCGCUCCGCAAUCCCCAAAUCAAGGAAUCGAAACAAACCCCACUUUACCCGACCGGUUCAUCUUCUUCAAUCCUUUUCUCCAUCAAUUGAUAAUGAUCCAAUCCACUCCUAAGAACAGCCAGCCCCCAGCUUCGAAAGCUUCGAUCAUAGCCAUGCCCUCUGUUCAUGUCUCUGCACAAACUGAGUGUGUGAUUUGCUUGGAUGAGAUCGAAGUCGGGGGCGUUGCUAAAGAAAUGCCCUGUAACCAUAAAUUCCAUGGCGAUUGCAUUGAGAAGUGGCUGGAGUUACAUGGGUCGUGCCCUGUUUGUAGAUAUGAGAUGCCAGUUGAUGAUGAUGAAGAUGAAGGGAAAAAGGUUGAAGAUGAAGGGACUGAGAGAAUGGGAGAAAGGGAGAUUUGGGUGAGUUUUUCCUUUGAUAAUCCUAUGGGAAAUCAGGAUUCUCUGCAAACUCCUCCAAUUGAUUCUGAUCAUUCUUAUGUACAGUGAAAUACUUAAUAGUUCAUAUAUAUAUUCUUCUCUUUGCUCUGUCUCUGAUUGUGUGUAAUCAUGCCACUUUUCAAAUGAAUCCCUCAGAUUAGAACAAA